AUGCGACUUGUGUCACCCAAUAUUCUCAUUCUCUGCUUCGCUGAAACGACAUUGCACCACUGUAUCUAUAUCUCACUCCACCGCCCUCUCACUGCUUCAAGUAAUAUUCUCCAUUAUCGACUCAGAUCGUCAUGCUCGUGUUCAUCUCACGCGGAUAUCUCAUUGCGCAUUGCUUCCGUUUCAAAUCAUCCUCAAACCAACAAAUUCACAGAUUCUGUUGUGAUAGCAAAAAUGAAAAGAGAUAAGAGUUUCGAAGUCUUUUCUGAUUUAAAUAUGUUGAGCUGGAAAUUGAUGCAAGGUCACGGUUUAUCUUGUGAUGUAAGUUUGCAGGGCAUUAGUUUAUAUCCUGAGAUUCGAACUGGUUUAUCGAGUUUGUGCACGUUUGUAAAGUGUUGGCAAGGGUUUUUGAACUGUUUUGAUUGUGAACUGGUUUUUGUUUUGUACGACAGGUUGCAACGUUUUGCAUGGGCUUUGGACAACAAGGCUAUUUUUGAUUUAAUUUUGGAUAAGGCAUAA